CUACCUUUGCACCCAGCAGCAUAUGUGCCACACACACCUGUAGACACCCUUGCAGAGAUCAUUUUCACAGACUUACUGUAGCGACUGGCUUACAAUUUACCAACACACUGCGCUUACCAGGAUAUAACUUCUACUUGCUGCCGUGGCUUUUUGCUAAUACUUUUGGAGAGAAAGUCCUCACCAACUGGGUGUUGACCUGCUGGUCAGUUGGAAAGUGCUGUACAGUGAAGAAUAUCUUGGCAUUGUGUAGCUAGCAUAACAUGAGAGGAUAGUAUCAUACGGUAGGAAGCCUGAAUGUCAUUGAAUAGGAUGACAUUUGUUUUGUCAUGUGUUUAGCGCUGUAGAGAGUGAAGCUCUGUAAUGUUUUAGAAAGCUCAGCGGACAGGAGUGAGUCCUAUUUACCGGGAGUUAGCUGCUGUGUAGCAGCCAUGCUAGUGGGUUUGUUGAGGGUAUUGCUCUGGGGAGCCGUGAUGGGUCUCUGCCUAGGCACACUGCAACAGUCUGGGAGGAGCUGGGGUCACGGAUGCCUCCAAAAGAGACAGGCGGGAAGUGAUCCCGGGCAGGGAAACUCCAGGAUCCCUCGGAAGUAUUGCAACCCUGCAGGGAACAGCAGCUCGUCUGGGAACAUCAUUCAGGUGUGUGGCCCUGGGCAGUACCGAGAGUGGCAGGGCCCUUUUGAAGGCCUGUGUGUGUCCUGCAGCUGCCAUGGCCUUUCCCACAAGUGUGACCCCAUCACAGGAAGAUGUUUGAACUGCCAGUAUAACACUGCAGGAGACCACUGCGAGCACUGUGCGGAGGGUUACUAUGGUGACGCCGUGCAGAGGACAUGCAAGUUGUGUCCAUGUCCUUUCUCUGUGCUGUCCAACAGUUUUGCAUUGGGGUGUAUGCAGGUAGGCUCAGACGUGGAGUGUGUGUGUAAACCAGGUUACACUGGACUGAGAUGCCAAAGGUGCUCAUCUGGUUACUAUGGUAACCCACUGUUACCAUUUGGAGGGUGCCAGCCAUGUAACUGCAACCAUGAGUGCGAGAAUCCUGACGGUACCAGCGAUUGCCAAGGAGCUCCAUGA